GUGGGGGCAGAAGGGAAACAGCGGCUGUUGAACCAGAUCAGGGUCCAGUGUGCUUUGAAGAUGUCGCUGUUCGUUUCACGGACGAGGAGUGGGCGUUGCUGGAUCCUGAGCAGAGAGCUCUGCAUAAGGACAUCAUGGAGGAGAAUCGGGGGAUCAUGGCCUCUCUUGAUUGUGAUGAAUUGGAAAUUGAGAACAAAGGUGACCACAACAAAAUCCCCAGAAAGGAGAAGCCACAUAAAAAUUUGGAGUGUGGAGAAAGCUGCAGUCAGAGCUCCCAUUCCACUUCCCAUCAAAGAAAUCUCAUUGGAAAGAAACCCUGUCAGUGCGUUGAAUGUGGAAAGAGCUUCAGGAAGAGAUCUGACCUCACUUCCCAUCAAAGAAUUCAUACAGGGGAGAAACCCUAUCAGUGUGUGGAAUGUGGAAAGAGCUUCACUAAUAGCUCUGAUCUCACUUGCCAUCAACGAAUUCAUACAGGGGAGAAACCCUAUCAGUGUGUGGAAUGUGGAAAGAGCUUCAGUAAGAGCUGCAAUCUAACUUCCCAUCAAAGAAUUCAUACAGGGGAGAAACCCUAUCAGUGUAUGAAAUGUGGAAAGAGCUUCAGUAAGAGCUGCAAUCUCACUUCCCAUCAAAGAAUUCAUACAGGGGAGAAAUCAUUUCAGUGUGUGGAAUGUGGAAAGAGCUUCAGUACCAGCCACAAUCUCACUUCCCAUCAAAGAAUUCAUACAGGGGAGAAAUCCUAUCAAUGUGUGGAAUGUGGAAAGAGCUUCAGUCACAGCCACAAUCUCACUUCCCAUCAAAGAAUUCAUGCAGGGGAGAAACCCUAUCACUGUGUGGAAUGUGGAAAGAGCUUCAGUCACAGCCACAAUCUCACUUCCCAUCAAAGAAUUCAUACAGGGGAGAAACCCUAUCAGUGUGUGGUAUGUGGAAAGAGCUUCACUCAUAGCUCCUCUCUAACUUCCCAUCAGAGAAUUCAUACAGGGGAGAAACCCUAUCAGUGUGUGGAAUGUGGAAAGAGCUUCACUUAUAGCUCCUCUCUCACUUGCCAUCAAAGAAUUCAUACAGGGGAGAAACCCUAUCAGUGUGUUGAAUGUGGAAAGAGCUUCACUGAUAGCUCCUCUCUAAAUUCCCACCAGAGAAUUCAUACAGGGGAGAAACCCUAUCAGUGUGUGGUAUGUGGAAAGAGCUUCACUCAUAGCUCCUCUCUAAAUUCCCACCAGAGAAUUCAUACAGGGGAGAAACCCUAUCAGUGUGUGGUAUGUGAAAAGAGCUUCACUGAUAGCUCCUCUCUCACUUCCCAUCAGAGAAUUCAUACAGGGGAGAAACCCUAUCAGUGUGUGGAAUGUGGAAAGAGCUUCACUUAUAGCUCCUCUCUCACGUUGCAUGAAAGAAUUCAUACAGGGGAGAAACCCUAUCACUGUGUGGAAUGUGGAAAGAGCUUCAGGAAGAGCUCCAAUCUCACUUCCCAUCAAAGAAUUCAUACAGGGGAGAAACCCUAUCAGUGUAUGAAAUGUGGAAAGAACUUCAUUUUUUACUCCGAUCUCACUUGCCAUCAAAGAAUUCAUACAGGGGAGAAACCCUAUAAGUGUGUGGUAUGUGGAAAGAGCUUCAGUAAGAGGUACAAUCUAACUUUCCAUCAAAGAAUUCAUACAGGGGAGAAACCCUAUCAGUGUGUGGAGUGUGGAAAGAGCUUCACUCAUACCUCCUCUCUAACUUCCCAUCAGAGAAUUCAUACAGGGGACAAACCCUAUCAGUGUGUGGAGUGUGGAAAGAGCUUCACUAAUAGCUCCGAUCUCACUUACCAUCAAAGAAUUCAUACAGGGAAGAAACCCUACCAGUGUGUGGAAUGUGGAAAGAGCUUCACAUGUAGCUCCUCUCUAACUUCCCAUCAGAGAAUUCAUACAGGGGAGAAACCCUAUCAGUGUGUGGUAUGUGGAAAGAGCUUCACUCAUAGCUCCUCUCUAAAUUCCCACCAGAGAAUUCAUACAGGGGAGAAACCCUAUCAGUGUUUGGAAUGUGGAAAGAGCUUCACUUAUAGCUUCUCUCUCACUUUGCAUCAAAGAAUUCAUACAGGGGAGAAACCCUAUCAGUGUGUGGUAUGUGGAAAGAGCUUCACUGCUGGCUCCUCUCUCACUUCCCAUCAGAGAAUUCAUACAGGGGACAAACCCUAUCAGUGCGUGGAAUGUGGAAAGAUCUUCACUGUUGGCUCCUCUCUCACUUCCCAUCAGAGAAUUCAUACAGGGGACAAACCCUAUCAGUGCGUGGAAUGUGGAAAGAGCUUCACAUGUAGCUCCUCUCUCAGUUCCCAUCAAAGAAUUCAUACAGGGGAGAAACCCUAUCAGUGCGUGGAAUGUGGAAAGAGCUUCAAUCAGAGCUCCUCUCUCAGUUCCCAUCAAAGAAUUCAUACAGGGGAGAAACCCUAUCAGUGCGUGGAAUGUGGAAAGAGCUUCAGUAAGAGCUCCAAUCUCACUUCCCAUCAAAGAAUUCAUACAGGGGAGAAACCCUAUCAGUGCGUGGAAUGUGGAAAGAGCUUCAGUAAGAGCUCCAAUCUCACUUCCCAUCAAAGAAUUCAUUCAAACGUCAGAAAAACCCUUCAUUAUAGACUUCCGGUUGGCUCGCCCGAUUAUGGCGGACAGGAGUUCUUUCGUGGAAAGGGCACCGGCGCUUCGAAGACAGGGGAGAGUCGCUAGAGCGCAGCGGCGCCCCGAAAAACCCUCAGAUUGAGCGUUCUGAGGACCUGGAGUUCCUGCAGGUGCCGGGAACGACUCCCCUGCUCCCCGUAAGCUCUAAAAAAGAGGGCUGAGUGAGAGCGGGGUUGGAGACAUUGGCACUAUUGAAACAAUUCGCUUCCUUCAAAGCGCGAAGCUCUGAGUCCUGCGAUUGUGAGCGGCCAAUUCCUCCAAGGGAAAAAAUUUUUUUGGACUAUCCCUCUUGGAAAUCGUGAGUAAAACGAUUUCAUUUGGAAUUUUGAAUUGGGAAGGAAAGGGAUUUAAAAACAGAGGUCAAUCCCUUUCACUGAAGUAAAAACGAAAGCAGCUAACGUUACCAAAAGCCGCAACUUUAGUCUCAUCUUUUAGAAACUUUCAAGUCUUUCCUAUAUCUCCCUUUCUAGCAGGGGGAAGGGGGGGAAAGACAAAAAACAAAUUUCCCUGCAGAAGAAUUAGGGAUUUUUCCUGAACUGUUGUAUCUUCUUUGUGGAAGCAGACCUCCCGGGUGAGGGGAGGCUAGACUCCAUUGUGACGCAACAAAGGGAAUGGAAGCUUUCAACUUUCGUUUUCCACUUUGGAAAAAUACAAAGUAACCACAGCCGCCAGAGCUCAACAAAUACCUGGAACUCUGCAACUAAGUUAAAGACUUGAAAUAAACUUUUGGGACUUGUUUAAAGGAGAAAAUAAAGACUUGUACUUAUAUUUACUAGAUUGAAAGACUGUGGUGAGCAAAGACUCUUACUCUGGAGUGGGGAUUUUUGCAGCUGGGAAACAGUCUGUUUAUCCUAUUGUCUCCCUCUUUUGACUGUAGCUGACCUGGGGGGGGGAAAUAAAACUAUGGUUGGGGGUGACAAAGGAGACAAGACAGAAAAGUCAGAGAGACUGGAAAGAACAAAAAUUAAACCAAGAAGAGAAUCUAGAACACCAACAUUUGAAGAAUCAGUAAUGCAACUUCUUCAGGAAAUUAAAACAGAAGUAAGAGGGAAUCAAAAAACCAUUCAAGAUUUGAGGAGUGACUUUUCUGAACUGAAAGAAGACCUGAAGACAAUGAGGUCCAACAUUACCUCACAUGAGGAAAGAAUUACACAACUGGAAACAGUAAAAAUUCGGGAUUUAGAGACUGUCUAGCAGCAGGCGUUAAAUUUGAUUGCGUUUUUGGAAUUAAAGGAGAAGGAGGCUCAUCUGAGACUGAGGGGAGUGGUCCAGAAGGAACAGGAUAACUUGAAGGGUUGGCUCAUUGAGGAAUUUUCAACUUACUGGGAGAUCUCAAAAGAAGAAUUGAAUUUGUGGAUUGAUAAAGCAUAUAGAUUUGGUCCUAAAAAAGAUUCUAAAAUCACACAUGACUGUAUGGUGAUUUUUAAAACAAAGGAACAAAGAGACAUGA